AUGGAACGACUGAACAAAUAUGGAUUCUGUCUCGAUCCCAUAACUAAGUAUACCAUGAUGGACAACAUUGGGCAGCAUUUCCUUGAGUGUGCGAUAAAAUUGGUCAAAACUGGUUACAAGUUUAUAUUUGUGCUAGAUAACAUCGACUGGGAGGAGAAAGUACACAAUGUUAGAUCAGACAAUCAGAACAAGAGUGUGCAUGCAGUUGCUACAAGCAUAGUUUUCUAUUGUGUCCCUAUUGACAAUUUACCUGAUGAUGGUCCACAGAGAGACUUAAAAACAUGCAAUGUUCGUGACAUAAUUCCAAUUAGUAACACAGAGUUGGAUGUGUUAAAAGUCGAUACAGGAUUCUUUUGGCAAGACUUCUCUUUGAACAACUUACCAGAAUUCCGUAUUUUUGAAGCUCAUAUACCAUGUGUCACUUAUUGCAAGUAUUCUGAACAAACAUGCUUGAAGUCUGAAGUCAUCACCAUGCCAAUUCUGCUCAAGGAUGAGAAAAAGUACUCUGACUGUGUAGAUGUGCUGGACCAGCUUGAGAAUUGGACGUACAAGAUCUAUUCUGCUGCUCGACUGUGCAAUGUGGUGUGUCAACACACAACACCUCCCAUUGGGAACCGUUCAAGGCCUGAUCAACCAGCAUCACAUUUCCCUCCCGUUACAUCAAGUGAUGAUCCUAUGGCUGGUGUGAAGAUACCCUGUUAUGGUGAUCAACUAACAAGGGUCCGACUUGCAGGUUCCAAAGACCUCCGGGCUGGUUGCCAUUCAGCUAGCCAGCAACUUGACCACCUGUACCCUUUCUGCAUUGUUGACUGGCAUACAAAGAGAAGUUUCUUGAAGGUAUUUAUGAUUUUAUGAAUAUAAUUAGGAAGUAGAUGUAUCUGUAAGUGUCAUAAAAAUAGCCCAUCUAAAUUACCAGAGCCUCCCAGAGAAAUUCGGGGGCUCUUGGCAAAUUGUUAAUUGGUCAUGCCCCUAUUUUUUUUAUUACACCUUUUGUGGCCCCCCUUUUGCCAAUUUUGGGGCCCACUUUAACUGGGAGCCUGGGGCAAAUUGCCCCAUUUGCCCCCCCCCCCCUGGGAGGCCAUUGGCUCUCCCUUGAAAAGUAAAAUCGUCUGAUGUUAGACAGAGUAAAUAGUAAUUGUUGGCACAUAUUGUGUAUAUUAAAAGGGCUAAAAGAUAUAGAAUGCAAUGUUCUCAUAAUUUCGCAGUUAUAAUUGUAGAACAGUCUAAUUAUAUUAUUAAUAUACACUGUAUGUAUUCGAACAUGGUGCAUGUUGAAUGAACACCUACAAAUUUACGGGUGUGACAGAUGAUAUACUAUUAGUGCCCCACUUUAGUAUUUACUCUGUCUAAUGCCAGAUAUUUUUGUAAAACAAUUGUUGUUAGGCCUAACUAGAGAGAUAAAGAGUUUUUGACAAUCUUAAAAGUCCUGUAACUUGUACUGUACAUUAUCAAGUUCUACAAGUACAGGGACAUUCUACAGACUGUGAUAAAAACUAUUUUUAUUUGGCACCCUAUUUAUUUCGAUUUUUACUGUAUAUGGGGAUACAAUUUAAUUAAUACUUAGCCCUUUCUAGGAUAAUUUUUUCAAACACUACUAUUAGGUAUUAUGGUAGUUUACCAAGUAAACUGGCAUUUUCUCCAUAAUCCUACUUUUUUGGAAUGUUUAUUUAGUUAUCUGAAAGUUUUGAACUUGUUUUACAGACUGUUUUCAAGAGACUGUACAAAAACUCGGGCAGAGAAAAAGGUACACUGAGGUACUUUCAUGAAACGUUAAAUAGAAGGAAUGUCACAGUUGACGUGAAGCACUACAAAGAUUGUGAGCAGCUGUUCCUCAGCAUUGGCAUGUGCUUUGUUGUUGAAGCCUUUCUGGAAUUUUUUGAUAUGGAUGAUGAAAUGCAGAAACCAUUAAAGAAUGCUCCAAAUUUAGAUGCAUCUACAAGUGACGAGCAGAAGAAGAUUGACAUAAAAAAUUUUCUGGACAAGUUUCUUGACCAGUAUAUUUUUGUGGCUGAAGAUGAAGAAGACCCACCUUUCGGUAGUGAUGGUGUAUGCUGUUACUCAGUGAAUGUAUUGUAGUCAUUCAUGUUACUUGCUGAUUUUAAAGAUGCUGUCUCUUCAGGAAAUGGUGAGCAUCUAUCCAUCAUCUUGCAUAAGCAGCUACUACUUCACUUCUUCUCUGCGGCUGGUUUCAACGACUAUGCAAUUGAGAUGCUAACCAACAUCAUGCAGAGCCAAAUCCUCCUGUCAAAGGCUGAGGCCACAAAUGCAAAUGGGCAUCUACAGUGAAUUGGAAUGGUGGCGAAAGGAAGAAUGUUGAGAUAGACUUGUUUCAGGAAAACAGAAACAAGGAUAUGAAGGCGAUGAUCAAGGCAAUGGGAGCUAACAAGUCUGUGAAAGCAAUUAGCAGAGCGAGUAAGGCAGCUGGAGGUGUGAAAAAGAUAGUGGAAGCCUAUGAGAAGCAAGUCCCUCUACGUCGCAAGUAUUUAUCACAUCAUGCUCACAAAUCAUCAGUAGCAGAUGAGAAAAUGAUUAUGGCAGACUUGCGAAGUGUGAGGCCUUUUAACAAGUGGAUGGGAGAAGAUUUGAAUCUUUUGGGGGAUAUUUCUCACAAUCCCGCCUCUCCAUUUGAUGAAGAUGCCUUUGUAACCUGGGUGAACAGGCACAAAAGUAAUAUCUUAAAACAUUUUCCUGUUUCCGAAGAUGAUUCAGAAGAGGAUACAAGUUCGGAAACUGAUGACUAA